AUGGGUUCCUCCAAGAAGACCUCCGCCAAGGCUGGCAAAUCUGUUGCCAAGGCCCAUCAACGUCGCGCGGACGAGCAGUUCCAGACUCCGCCCCUGAAGACACCCAGCUCCCGCGCCAAGAAGACACCUCAAUCGCAGCGCUGGUCGUUCACCAGUGCGCCCCCUACCGCCGCUGAUCGUUCUAAGAACGGCCGUCAUGAGGGUCGAAGCCUUAUUACCUGGACUCGUCCUCGCAUGGCUGAGAAGCUUCUUCUUCACAUGCAGUACGAGUGCUCUCGCUUCAAGAUCGAGCUGCCCUGGGACACCAUUGCCCAUCGUCUCCACCCUGGCUCUUCAGGUGGAGCGAUCAUGCAGCACCUCAACCGCCUUCGCAGUACCCUAGUUGCAGAGGGCCAUAUGGUUCCCCCCAUCUGCCAGAAACCCGGAUCCCGCGUCGUGGUCGACCAAAACAUUCGUGGCUAUGUCCGUAGGUUCCCAGAUACUGAAGACACUGUCACUACGCGCCCUGUCACAUUCCAAGAGCCCUUGGACGACCGCAAGUUCAACUUGCCGGAUGCUGUCGACCGCCCCGAUGUUCCUGCUUCAGUGAAGCGCGACAACAUGGGCGGAGGAGGCUCUGCUCGCAAGUCUGCUGCCAUCAAGACUCCUGUCAUCAAGAAGGAGCCAUCUCCUGACCCUGAUUCCAUGCGCCCGGAUGACACUUACGAUGUGACAACCUACGGCCAUGCUGCCCGCGACGUUGCAACUCCACGUCGGUCUCAGCGAGCUGCAAGAAAGCCAGCGAGCUAUGCAAUUCCCGACGAUGACAACGAUUACUCUUCCCAGUACUACGCCGAUGAGGGUGAUGCCCAAGACCAGGACGAGGAGAACUACCAAGUAAAAGAUGACGACGAUGUCAACGGUGGUAGCCAGCCGGCCCAGGGACAGCAGGUCGAUUAUGAUGAGGUUGAUAACCAGAGCAUGGUCCCAUCUCAGGGCUCCGUUCAGACUACUGCCGGUCGUGGUAAUAUCCAUACGCGAAGACCUGUUCAUGCAGAGUCUCCGCGCAACACUCAUGCCACUUUCCACACUCGACCUCAGAAUGGAUACGCGAAUCAGAUCAAUGGCUACUACCAUCAGAACAUGGUGACUGCCGUGAACGAUCCGUCUUUGUACCACCGCCACCAUGUGCAUUCCCAGAACCCGGAAGACGUUGCCAAGGAGGGAUGGAUUAUUGCCGAGGACGACGAGGGCGCAUUGACGCCCCCAACUUCUCAAACCCAUCAUUCUGCGGGAUACAUUGGAGUGAACGCUGAUGCGCACGCCUUCCACCAAUACCACAAUGCUGUCAACUCUCAUCGCCAGCCUAUCCCUGUUGUGAAUGUGAACCAUGAAAACUACGAUGAUGAUGGCAUUCCUCCCGAGGGCAUCCCCAUCUAUGAUGACGAAGAUGACGAAGUUGUCGAGGAGGUUGAAGAGGACGAUUACUACGGCGGUCAAGAUCCUCGUGCGUAUGACGCUUAG